GAUACUUUGCAUUACUUUUGAUGAUAUGAUCUCUACUAUUUAUAGUAUUAGUGAUCUGCCUUGCAUCUGUUAAUGCCCACGCUGGUCAAUCCGAUACCCAGUUUUAACUUGGCAUAGCCUUACCGAAUGUUGGCAUUAUGAGCCCUACUAUUUGUCAAUGGUGCGAUGAUAUGUUUAUGUCGCAUAAAAAGUGACAACAUGAUUACUUCAUAAGAGUCGGGAUUGAUCAUAAAGAGCAGUCACUCUCCUCAUAUCUCUUUCAAAUCGCCACCUAGAGUGAAAGGCUUGUACUGUCUACUAGUCAUAUAAAUUGACAUCACUUCUUGAUUGCAAGUAUGAUAUUCUCUAAUGGGACGAGCUUCAAUGUAACUACGGCAUCUAUAGCUUUAUUUAUCUUUUGUUAUGCAUUGAAGCAAAUCAAGCUUUACUUCACGAGACGCCAAUUCCGGAAAUCAAACGGUUGUCAACCAGCUCAAGCAAAAUACCCUUUGAAAGAUCCAAUAUUUGGUCUCGAUUUGGUGUUGGAUACAAUCAAAAAUGCCAAAAACCUACGACAUCUCGAAGGAACUUCUAAGCGUUAUGAGCAGCACGGAACAACUUUUACAUCCAAGCUUAUUACGUAUCCCACAGUUUUCACAAUCGAUACAGAGAAUGUCAAAACCAUUCUUGCAACAAAGUUUGAUGAUUACCGGCUCUCAUCAAUUCGAGUCGAUGCAAUGAAACCUGUGUUUGGACAUGGGAUUUUCACAACUGAUGGAAAACUGUGGCAAAAAUCUCGCGCACUCCUUCGGCCUACUUUUGCGAAGGAAAGUAUAUCUAACCUCGAGGCUGCUGAGCUACAUUUCCAACAUUUACUGAACCGUAUCCCCCGCGAAGGGUCUACUGUUGAUCUACAAGAUCUCUUUUUCAAAUUCACCAUGGAUACAGCUACUCAGUUUCUUUUCGGACAUUCCGUCAACUCCCAGUCCAACUCAGAUCAUUCUUCGGGUGGUGUAUCCGAUGCAGAAUUUGUUGAGCAGUAUACAUAUACCCAGCUCGAAGCAUCUCAUAAUGUACGGCUCGGACCACUUGCACGAUUUCGAUACAAUCCAGCAGCUACCAGGGCUCAGAAGACUGUUUUUAAGUAUGUCGAUCAUUACAUAGAUGUAGCUCUCGAUGCGCUCAAGAAGGAUGAAAACAAGAUUAAUACAAAUGAUGUCAAAUUUGGUCCCUACAGUUUUCUCGAAGAGAUAGCCAAGUUGACUACAGAUCGACAGGUUCUGCGGGAUCAAGUGUUGAAUACUCUUCUGGCGGGCCGAGAUACAACAGCUAGUUUACUCAGUAAUCUGUUUUUCAUGCUAGCACGAUAUCCGGAUGUAUGGAGAAGGCUACGAGCCGAAGUGCUGGAACUCGAUGGUCAGUUGCCAACGUAUAACGAUCUGCGAAAUAUGAAAUAUCUACGUCAAUGUAUUAAUGAAUCUCUCCGUAUCCAUCCGGUAGUUCCGGCCAACACUCGCGAAGCAGUCCGCGACACUUGUCUUCCACGUGGUGGAGGAAAAGAUGGCCAAGAACCGUUAUUCGUGAAAGCGGGCACACAGGUUCUGUACAGCGUGUACUCGAUGCAUCGCCGCAAAGAUCUAUUUGGUGAAGAUGUGGAAACUUUCCGCCCAGAGCGCUGGGAUCAGAUACAGCCAAAAUGGGAAUUUCUGCCAUUCAAUGGAGGGCCGAGAAUUUGUUUGGGACAGCAAUUCGCAUUGAUCGAAGCCUCGUUUGUGAUUGUAAGAAUGUUGCAGGAAUUUCAAGACAUUGAGCAAAGAGAUGAGAAGCCAUGGCAGGAGGCAUAUACUUUGGUUGUCUGUUCGCACAAUGGGGUACAGGUAUCGUUGAAGUGCGCAAAAUAAAUGCUGUUAUUUAGUCACAAGAGAAAAUGAGGGGAGAACUUAUGUUUUGGCGAUUACAGACUUUAAAUUAAAAGACUUUUGGGGGUAAUGAGAUCCAUUUUAUAGAUGUUCGUUUUUGAUGUUCUCUCUCUCGAAACUCUUCUUCACGAGUUGAAUUGCCACAUUUAGCUAGUGCACUCAUCGAACAUUCUUCUACAGCUUGAUAGCCGGAGUAGUGCAGAACAAAUCUGUAGUCAUCACAUCUCACAUAGUGUGGUCAAAUAAACCUGACCCGCGCUUAAUAUCGACUCA